CAAGAACAUCCAAGUUCACAUGGAGCCAUACCUGUGGAAGACCAGGCCUGAUGGUAUCAACAUCAUCAACAUUGGCAAGACCUGGGAGAAGAUUCUUCUGGCCGCUCGUAUCAUUGUCGCAAUUGACAACCCGGCCGACAUUGCUGUUAUUUCCGCUCGUCCUUACGGUCAGCGUGCCGUGUUGAAGUUUGCCGCCCACACUGGUGCCUCGCCUAUUGCUGGUCGUUUCACUCCCGGUAACUUCACCAACUACAUCACUCGCUCUUUCAAGGAGCCCCGCUUGAUCAUCGUCACCGACCCCCGCACCGACGCCCAGGCCAUCAAGGAAGCUUCUUAUGUCAACAUCCCCGUCAUCGCUCUCUGCGACACUGACAGCCCUACGGAGUUCGUCGACGUUGCCAUCCCUACCAACAACAAGGGUCGCCACGCCAUUGGUCUCAUCUGGUGGAUGUUGGCUCGUGAGGUCCUUCGUCUUCGCGGAACCCUCGCAAGCCGCGAGGCCGAGUGGGAUGUUAUGACUGACUUGUACUUCUACCGCGACCCUGAGGCCGAAGAGAACAAGGACGCUGCCGGUCAAGAGGAGGCCAAGGUUCCCGGCGCCGAUGAGGCCGGUGCUGGUCCUGUCGAUGGUGGUUUCAACAGCGAAUGGGAGGUCGGCAAUGCCCCCACCAGUGCCUUUGCUGCUGCCAGCGGAAAUGCAAGCGGCCAGCCUGGACAGUCAUGGGAGGCUGAGACUGGUGCGGACUGGGCUGCCAGCAGUGCGCCAGCUGAGACUGGCAACCAGGGCUGGGCCGAGGGUACUGCUUAGUGAGCUUACACUCGAUCUCACGCGCAUGACAUUGGCAGAAUUCACCUUCAUCUUCUUUACUUUGAGCCUUGGAGCAUACCGGCGCUUACGAGGGAAAGAUACCUGUAGCUUCAUCGCUGUAGGGGAAAGCCCUGCACUGGUGGCUUCGGUGGGUUGAUGAAAAAUCUCGCCCGGGUUCAUAGUUCUCACCAAAACAUUCGUAUCCCCAAAAUUCACGCGUCACCGCGAUACCCAGACUCA